AUGUUUGAAUUAUACAAAUGUGGUACAAUACUUAUAUUUAUUAUAGAAUACUUUGGAAUAUUUGUGCAUUUAUUUGAAAAAGAUUAUUAUAAAGAAUUCAAUUAUCCUUAUCAUGGGGAUAUCCAUCAAUCAAUUCAACAAUUACGGCAACAUGAAAAAGUAGACAUUCCACCAAUUAAUUUUUAUAAUUAUUCAUUUAUUAGUAACUGUGAGAAAAAAUGUACGGACUCGUAUAAUAAAUAUAUACGACCACGAUUAGUUUAUAUUGUGAAAUCAGCAAUAGAUCAUUUUGAUCGAAGAUUAGCAAUACGAAAAUCAUGGGGUUAUGAAAAUCGUUUUUCUGAUGUGAUAAUUCGUACAGUAUUUAUAUUAGGCACACAACAUGAUAGUCAUUUACAAGAAAGAAUCUCAAAGGAAUCGCAACGUUUUCGUGAUAUUGUUCAAGGUGAUUUUUAUGAUACUUAUUUCAAUAAUACAAUCAAAACAAUGAUUGGAUUUAAAUGGGCUGUGAAUUAUUGUCCAUUAUCGAAAUUUUAUAUGUUUGUUGAUGACGAUAUGUAUGUAUCAACAAAAAAUGUUCUCAGAUUUGUUCGAAAUCCUACACAUUAUCCCGAUUAUUUAUUGGAACCAAUUUACGUGUUACAAAGACAAAACAGAAUUAAGCGAAAUGUAAACUUACAUUUAAGUAAUGAUAGCCAACAUUUAAAUACCAAAGAACUAACUGACCUCGACAACGACAAUAAAAUGAACAAUUUAAGUAAUUUGAUAAUAUCACGAUUAAAACGACAAGUGUUUGAUUUUGAAUUACCUAGUGAAGUACGUAUGUUCGCUGGUUACGUCUUUAUAUCAUCACCACAUCGACAUAAAUCAAGUAAAUGGUAUAUUACGUUAGAUGAAUAUCCAUAUAAUAUGUGGCCACCGUAUGUUACAGCAGGAGCGUUUAUAUUAUCAAAAGAAGCUUUAUUUGAUAUGUAUUAUGCGAGCUUUUAUACAAAACAUUUUCGUUUUGAUGAUAUUUAUUUGGGAAUUGUUGCAAUGAAAGCUGAUAUCGAACCGUUCCAUUGUGAGGAAUUUUAUUUUUAUAAAAAACAAUAUACAGUGUAUAAUUAUCGUUUUGUUGUUGCAUCGCAUGGAUAUGAGGAUACAAAUGAACUGCUACGUGUUUGGAAUGAACAAAAAAGUGCUGGAAACGCUUAAAAUGUGAUUUAAAAUAUUGUAUGUCAACGAAAUCAUUUAAAAAUCUUAAUAUAAAAUUUCAAAUUGAUCUCUCACUUUAUAAAUUCACAGUCACCAACAGGAGCGGAUUUACGAAUUUGCCGCCCAUAGGCAGGCAUCAAAGGGCCGCC